UCCGCCGUGCUUGGUCCUCUGCGCCGAAGCCGAGGACAGAAGAGACACCUUUGGGGACUGCCUUAAGAGUUCCAACCCCUGCGCUGCUGUUGGAUUUUAUUCUCUGCUCUGCAGCUGCUAAAUCACCCACCAACUCUGACAUGGCCAAGAAGAAGAUGGACAGCAUUGGGCAGAGUUGGAUGGUGGCACUCAUACUGCUCUGUCACCUAACAAAAUUUUUUGUGAAGGCAAGCCUGGAGGUCAAUGAAACCCAGCACCAGCAUCCAACCAAUGUCUACCAUGACAUGGGAUUGACCAGGAACAAGAUAGUAACUGCGCAGUUUGAGUGCUAUCAAAAGAUAAUGAAGGAUAAUACCUACAGCAGUCAAGAGCCCAUGUGUAAUCGCACUUGGGAUGGCUGGCUGUGUUGGGACGACACUAAGGCAGGAGUUAUGUCAGAGCAGCACUGCCCAGACUACUUCCAGGAUUUUGAUCCGUCAGAGAUGGUUACAAAGAUUUGCACUGACAGUGGUCAUUGGUUCCUGCAUCCUGAGAGCAACCGCACAUGGACCAAUUACACCCGCUGCAAUGAACACACCAAUGAAGGCAGAGUGACUGCAAUGAAUCUUUUAUAUUUAGCCCUCAUAGGACAUGGGCUGUCACUGACCUCCCUCUUCAUCUCCCUUGGAAUAUUCUUCCAUUUCAAGAGUUUGAGUUGCCAAAGGAUCACCCUUCACAAAAACCUCUUCUUUUCUUUUGUUCUGAACUCUGUCAUCACCAUCAUUUGGUUGACAGCAGUGGCAAACAACCAGGAGCUGGUGCAGAGGAAUCCAACGAGCUGUAAAGUGUCCCAGUUCAUUCAUCUGUACCUGUUUGGCUGCAAUUACUUCUGGAUGCUGUGUGAGGGAAUAUACCUACACACUCUCAUCGUGGUGGCCGUGUUUGCUGAGAAGCAGCACCUCAUGUGGUACUAUCUUCUGGGCUGGGGCUUUCCUCUCAUUCCGGCCUCCAUACAUGCUGUUGCUCGAAGUUACUACUACAAUGACAACUGUUGGAUAAGCUCCAAAACAUCGCUACUCUACAUCAUCCAUGGUCCCAUCUGUGCUGCUCUUUUGGUCAAUUUGUUCUUUCUGUUGAACAUCGUGCGGGUGCUCAUCACCAAACUGAAGGUGACCCAUCAAGCGGAGUCGAGUCUCUACAUGAAAGCAGUGAGAGCCACCCUUAUCCUGGUGCCUCUUCUGGGAAUUCAGUAUGUGCUACUUCCCUACAAGCCAGAAGGACGGGUCUCCUCUGAAAUAUAUGACUACAUCAUGCACAUACUAAUGCAUUACCAGGGUCUGCUGGUGGCCACCAUUUUCUGCUUUUUCAACGGAGAAGUCCAAGCAGUUCUGAGGAGGCACUGGAACCAGUAUAAUAUCCAGUUUGGAAGCAGCAUAGGAAACCACUCAGAUGCCCUGCGCUCAGCCUCCUACACGGCUUCCUCCAUCACAGAGGUGCAGGGCUGCUACAGCAUUGACAGCCACACAGAACACAUGAAUGGCAAGGGCUGCCAUGAGGCAGACGCUUCACUUUUCAAAUCAGACAGCCCCUUUGCCUGACAGCGACACUCCUCUCAAACUCUAUCCAUCCCAUCCCACAAUUAAAAACUGCAGCAUGUUUGGAGCUCCAUGGCAACCAGGAAACUUGCCUCUUCCUAAAGAUACAAUGUCAGAAGAAGUGAGAGAGGAAAAGGUCUGUAUACACAGGUUCUCACCCAACUGAAGGAAACUGUCACCUCUCUGUCACACCGACACAGGCCCUUUAACAGUACUGUAGGGUGAGCUCGAUACAGCUAUUCCAGCACCGUCUUUUGUCUAAAAUUUUCAACUGAACUGCUUCACUUGGACUAAGAUGCAUUCUGAUAAUCACAAUAUUGUUGCAAUCUCUCUGCCCAACAACAUUGUUUUUAAAUGGAUGAAUAUUAACUGCUUGACUAUCCUUUUUGGGUCAUGUCAUGCACAUAAUGCCUUUGGUUACACUGUAAAUUGUUUUGACAUGGUUAGUGCCAAACCUAGAAAUCCUGCCUGCCUCAUUUCUUUUAUAUUUUCAAUACAGAAUCAGAGCAGAGUCAGGACAUCUAACAGGUGCAUAAUAAUAUAUUACUGCUAUAUAAUAUCUUUCACAUUUUAAACUUAAUUUAUCAGAACAAAUUCUUGUUUAUUAAAUGAAAAUAGAAUAAAUACCACACAGUAUUUAUUAAAGCUGAAGCUAGAUAAAGUUGUGCUACAUUUUCUCAAAAUUUGUCAAUUAAAUACCAAUAUGACUUGUUGCCAGCUUCACUUAAACUUUAAAAUCAUUUCUUGUUUGUUUCAGUGUUUGUUUCUACGUGUACAGUUAAUGCAGAUGACGGUAGGAAUCAUACCAUUAGCUCGCACGCUUCAUCUUUGGGGAUUUUCAGAUGUCAUCAUGCUAAUGUUUUGAGCGUGUUUACUUUAAGUGAUCCUUACUGACACAUGUAUCCUUUAAACCACGUGGUAGGUUGUAACAUGAUAUUAUCACAGAGAAGCCAUCAUGAAAUCACAUGUACUCCAAAAUAUGCUCAUUAUACUUGAAUGUAACGGUUUAGUUUAAAGACCUGGCUCUGUUGAACAUAAAUGCAUCACAUUUCCAUUCACUGCUGUCUUUAGCCUUAUUCUAGUCAAAUUACUUGGAUAUAACUGAGAUGUAAGCAUGACUGGCAGUUCAGACCAAAAACAGCACUGUGUUAAAAAAUGAAGGGGGCUAGAUUAGUGAGGGCGUGCUGUUUCAGGUACUGGUGGGUAGAUUAAAUUUGAUACGUAAUAUUUCCCUCUGUUCGGUUAUGAACCAGUUCCUUCAUAGUGCAACUGCACUUUUAGAAAUGGGGGCGCAAGUCUAAAGUUCUCGUUCUUUGCAUAGAUGCUUUCUAAAAUUUCAGUCAAAGCUAAUAACAAUCACCCCAAUCAAGUGAGUAUUUUAAUCCCCUAUUUGGCUAAGGCGGACUGCCGAAGGCUCCUAUUAGCUUCAGCUGAGGAAAGAGUGUAGUUGUGCUAGAAAAGGAUCCUUCAAGAUCAAUGUGGGGAGGACAAACCUUCCUCAAAUUAAUACAUGAAACAAAACACUGUUUUCACAUCAUUUUUGUUUAUUUGAGUUUGGGCUGGCAUUCUUGUGUCAUCUCGUUGUGCGCUCUUCCUCUGCAACGGUUUAAUGGCACCUGACUAGAAAAUUAGUGCAACCAGUUAUCUCAACAAACGAACUUCUUAUCUUUGCAUAGUAGUAUGGGACAGAAACACGCAUUAAUUUCCAUUUUCUUUCGCUGAUUUUCUGGAAAUUUGUUUAAAAUUUGCAACACAUUCACAUUUACUGACACUUGUAGUACCACGAGGAAACAUUUGAAAGCUCUGGGAGGUUAUCACAGUGACAAUCGUUUUAUCCUCUUGCUUCGAUGAUUGGGAGGUAAACAGAAGACAAUGCUGCCUUGCAGUGGGGCAUAAGUUGAGUCAGGUUUAGCCUAUGUCUUUUUUUACCAGAGCCCUGUGUUUGGGCAACCCCCACGAAAACGCAAUGACCUCAUUUAAAUGAAUGAGAGAGCUACGUUUUUUCACAUAGUGCUGAUAUCAGUCUGAACAAAGCCUUAUUCAGAAGUACAUGUGACGUGAUUAUCAUGUCUCACAAAAAGCUGCGUGGAAAAUACUGCACAAAAACAAAAAACAAAACAUUCUUUUUAAAGCAUUUAGCUACACCAGGCUGUAUCCAGACCUGGUCAAUAAACGAUGCACUUUUUCACAGUUAUGUUGUCAUUUCACUCAUUCAAAUCCCCAAACCUUUAUUGUUUUUUUUCUUCAUUUUAGAACAUCCUUAACACAUUGUCCACAAUGCCGGGAACACGAGUCACUAUCAGCUGAUGUAAAUAAUUUUGUAAAUCUAUCAUUUCUGACAGGAGGACGAGUUGAACGUGUGACUGUGUGUAUGUGCCUGUGUGCAUGAUUUAUAUAUACAGUAUUUAUGAACACAUCAUACUCAAAAGCAUUCGACCAUGAAGCGACCAUCUUAUGUGACAGUGUGUGGGACAUUGAUAAAGAAGCUGUUUGUUCUGUGUUUUAAAAAAGGAGGGGUGGGAACUAACUGAGAGCUUUCGACAAGCUACUGUAUUUGUCUGUCCAUAUUAUUUGUCAUCAUCUUUGGUAUAUUCUGUCAACUUUCUAUUUUGCCUGUAUUUGAAAGUGAAGAAAGAGAAGUACCACUAUCUUCUGUGUAAGUUAUUCAUGUCAUAUUAUCACCAGUCAGACAAAAAUAUGUUUCAUGAAACAAAUAGUGUAAGUCUAAUAUGUGAAGACUCACAUACAACCUUCCAAAGGGCAUGUUUUCUUUGCUAUUUCAAUAGAGUAUUGAAAACAAAUAUGUACAUAUUGUUUCGUAAUUUUCCUUGUUUAUUGUUUUUUUUUCUUUCUAUUUUGUGUGUGUUUGAAAUGGAUAAUCUGUUGGUGCCAAUUUUUUUUUUUUUUUUUCAGAUGCACAAUCCAAAAUUACUAUUUUUGAACAAGGAGUGUUUGGAUGAGUCACUCUUCACACUGCUGGCUUUUAAUCUUUUUAUGAUAACUUUUGAACAUCUCCAUUUUCUCAACAGUCUUUAAAUCAACUGUGAGAACUUUAAGCACUUGAGUCUAAACAGAACAGCAAAAGUGACAUAUUUCUACGAAAGGUAUAUAUUAUUUUCACCUAUGAAAAAGCAUUCUUGGCUGCCAGUGUUUGAGGUGAAGGGUUAGUUUCAGACAGAAAUAUAAGCAAGAGGUAUUAUGAAAUCAAGCUGCGAUAUCACAAAUACAGUCUGUACUUUUUUUAUCACAGAUCUGCGGGACAGUUUCUCACUUUAAUCAUAAACUGUACAGCCUACAUUUAUGGCUGUCAGUACUGCUUUGCAACAAGUGAUUAAUGUGCAAUGACGGCAUCUGAAGCCUUCAGACAUCAAGUUAUUUACUAUGUAGUGAUGCAUCGUAAUAAUUUAUGAAUCUACACUAAUUUCAUCACAACGUGUGGAAAAGCCAGAGACUUUUGGCUAAUGUAGUAAAUCCUGUGUACCGUUUAAGUUGUGUUUUUGUACGUGUGGAUUCCUUCAUAUGACUCUCCAAAGGGUUUGUGAAGACCCCAGUGACACUUUGGAAUAAUGUUGUAAAGUAUGACAAAAGCAUUGAGGACAAUGUCUGUAGUUUUUCUUUAUACUGUACUGUAUUUAACUUUUUUAGUCUUGACACAUUGACUCCACACUGCUGUUUGAAUGUAACUUUGGGUUUUUUAUUCUUUGGAUGUGAAACACACACACACACACACACACACACA